CGAGGCACUGAGCUUUAGGGAUGUUAGUGCGUGUUGCUCGUGGCUCUCAGUUAUAUGCGAGUUAAGUAUCGGAGUUGGAGCCAUAAGAUUUAAUUGUGCACAGUUAGGUCCAUCUUAAGGGACUUGUUCUGCUCGCAAACUUCUCUCGGCGGGCCCCGUCCGAUCACCCAGAAUAGAGGUUUUACUGUUUGUUUUAUUGAAGCUGCUUUCGAGAGAUGGUUAAAAGGUUUGCAUGCGUGUGUAAGAUUUGGAGAGACAGUGCUGACGCCUAAUUUUGAAGACGGAACGGAUCGAGGGACUGAGUGUGUGACUCCGCUAGCGUGACCUUUGUCGGGGAGAGCGAGAUAUCACGCGCCAUUGCCUCAGCUGUCAAUCAAACAAAGCCUGGCGGUGGAGCUCGUAUUAUUUUAAUGCAGGGUCGACAAACAGGGCAGUGAAUCUCCACCCCUCCCCUUAGGAGUGACCGGUCGUAGGGCGGGACAUUAUUGGACGAAACUUCAACUGCUUCAAGUUGACAGUCAAGGGACCAACCAGUUAAUGCCUACUGUGUACCCUCGCUACGCACACACGAAAUGAACCCGUAUGCGAUAAGGGGCUGGCAUCUACCUACAGCCUAUUCCGAGAGCAACAACUGUGAUCGAAACUACCCAGCAAUGUACCCAGCUAGCUGGCCUUCGGGGUAUUUCACCCCACCAUCAGUCUACCCUUUCCAGACUGAUACCACCAAACAACAUAACGGUAACGAUUGGAAGCUACAGACCAUUUGUUCCACGAAUUCUGAAGCUUCAACUCCAAGAGACUCCAACAACUUGGUUAAACCGGGGUAUGAAAGUUUAUUGUACAAACCAAAUAACGCUCGUACUGACAUUGAGGGCGGUCGGGAGGAGACACAGCGUAGUUGUUGUGCUAUUUCUUGUUCCUGUAAUGGUCAACAGAGACUCAAUGUUAUUGACAAUUCCUGGAGAAACCCUGAAGUCUCUGCGACGCUCGAUUUCAAUAAAACACCCGGGAUGUCACCGUAUCAAAGCUUUUGCCAGAGAGACUAUGAAAUGGAACACAAUGGAAUGAUUGGCAGAUUAUCAGAGAUGCAGCAGUCGAUUCAUCUUCCCUCCACGUCCAUUGCACCAACGACCGUGACGCUUCGGAAGCGACGUCGUCCUUACUCCAAAUUCCAGAUAGCGGAGUUGGAGAGAGAGUACUCGGGAUCCACCUACAUAUCGAAAUCACGACGAUGGGAGUUGUCACAGCUUAUCAAUCUGUCAGAACGCCAAAUCAAAAUCUGGUUCCAAAACCGACGGAUUAAAGCCAAAAAGUUACAGAAACGGGAGGAACUUACCGGCUCAGUAGGACAAGUUGCGCAUGACGUGUUAGAUGACGGUACUAUGACGUCAUGAAUAAAGUGACUCUUAGAACAAACAAAAAACAUUGAUCGGGAACCCUCUAAAAGUUCGAAGCCAUGAGUGAAAGGACUCGACGUCGUCUCUGGGACGUUGAUGGUGGUGUUGACGCCAGGAGACGUUUAUCACAGGAAGUUGAAUUUGAUCUCAUUCGGCAAAGUUUGAUCACUUCCUGUUGUGGCAUUGACGGUUUUCUAGGAUGCAUAGCUUUAACAUAGUGUCUCCUCUGUGUAGGGGACUUCUGGGGACUUCUGUUCUUGAAGGCAUCAAAUCCACCGCUAGUCCGAAUCGUGGGGCGCUAUGCCCCGGUGGAGAACUGAAACCGAAUAACGCCAAACAUACAUAUUCUUGUAUUAACAUCUCCAAUAGAAGAAGAGUUUAACCAUGAACUAAAAUAUGUGUCAUCAUAGUAUUGUGUGUGUAUGGGUCUACCCUCUUAUAGAAAUACACGAGCCAUAUUUCGGGGUGAGAAACAGCAUUGGCUUCACAGAUUCUACACAAAACCGUGUCUUCGGAGUGACGACCGAACGCUUUAACUCCUACACUACUUCACACCCAUACGUAGAUUAUUAAGUACACACAGAUAGUUCAUUCUUCUCGGAGGGUCGUUUGUUCUUUUUCAGCAUUUAGUAAAUGAUAUCAGAUUUACCAAGCCAAGAAUAACGUUGGAUUAUAUCCACAAUAAUCCAAACAGAACAAUUCGUAUAAGCAUACUAUCAAACGUACCUUACAGAGCCUGAAGUUGUGAUGUUCAAGAAUCGACUGUUGGCAUUCCGGUACAUACCAUCAUAAGUAUCUCUGAUACAUCCUUUGCAAUACUUUCUAUUUCUUACGAAAAUGGUUACCAUAUCAACUGUUGGUGCCACUGAUAAAUUCUUAUGGAUAAUUCUUGAUGUAUUUCAUGAAAAAUAGUUCAAUAGUUUCAUAUUAGUAUACAAUUGAAACUAUCUGAUUGAUACGAAUUUCAUUGUCCUGUAUGAGCAUCGUGAUAAUGAUAAUGCCAAAUUCAGACAAUUCUCAAAAUUGAAACACUGGAGAUGACAGUUUCUGAUUUUGUGACAGUUCAAUUAUAUAUGUUACGUAAAAACAUUUUUAAUAUUUAGUGAUCUUCAUUUCCCAAACAACAUAUGGUCCUUAAAAUGAAACUUUGAAACAACUCGUUUCAAUGAAAUAACAUUAUUCUAUUGACGAAUUAUGUUUUUCAUCCUGCCAACAUGUGCAUAUACAAUGAAAACAAACCAAAGAACUCAUGGACCUUCGUAUAGUACCACACGGGUGAAUGUCACUAACUCUGUAUACAACAGCCCCUUAUUAACCCGGAAAUUUAACCUGAUGGGAGGAUAGUGUGAGUAGGUUUCAAAUAGUCGAUUAUACAAGAAGCCCGCUGUUCGGUUUAUUGUUCUUCCACUGUUUUAACUGAAGUGUCAUAUUCGUACAUUUGUUUUUAUCAACCUCAACACACCAUGUUUGGUUUAUAUUUAUCCUACGUCUUCUUUGCAGCUAUUUGUCCAUACUCAGAUAGUACCAUCUCGUCGCCGGAUACUUUAAGGAGUGAUAUGACGAUGUCCAUAUGAUAAAAGUGGACAGUGGUCACUUGAACCUUGACCUGGAAUGUCACGUCUCAGAGUCUCGUUUCAAAUCGUGGGAUUGCAUAUGUUACAUAUACGACUUACCUGUCUUCAUUUUCAAGUCAAUACAUUGUGUGUUCAUUUCAUUCACUGUUAUAACUUAUAAAUUUAAUACAUUGGUGUACAUGUAGUUAUUAUUGUCAUAGUAAUAUUGAAUCGAUACGAAUUGAGAACAGUUUACAUACAUGUAAUUGAUGUGAUCAUUCUGUUGUGUUCGUUUGGAUGGACUAAACUAUGGCUCAAUAUAAUCUUGCGAAAUGCCGCCUGUUUUUAUGAAUAUUUAUUGUCCUGAAUAUUCCAUAUUCUAGUGCGUGUAAUUUCCAAAAUCAUAAAUCCAGUCCUUCGUAAGAGUUUUUUAAAUGUUUUUUCACCAAACGAACUCAGCAUGACAAGUGAAUUACAUAAGAUACGAUAACUUGUUGGUUCCUUCGAAUAAAGUGAUUCUUUUUUUGAAUAAAUAGAAAUGU